AUGACGAUGCCCAAUGUCCAGCAGUCACAACCCUCCAUGUCAUUCUUUGGAGCCAUCAAACAGUGCUUUAGCGAGUAUGCAAAUUUUAGGGGACGAGCCAGUCGGCGGGAAUACUGGUGGUGGAUCCUGGCGCUUUCCAUUGGAUGGUUCAUUCUUCUUGCGUUGUCUUCUACUGGGUAUCUGGCAUUACUAUUGCCGGUUUUUGGACUGGCGGUAUUCUUGCCCACCCUGGCAGUUACCACCCGCCGGCUCCAUGACAUAGACAAGGGCGGCUGGUGGCAGUUGAUCUGGCUUGUCUUGGCAGGACUGGCCGUGAUACCAACGUUUAUUGGUUUGUUUGCUACCAUCGCCUCAUUUAUGGCAGGUGCGUCCCAGUUGCUUAUAGACGGAUUCUUCGAAUACCUGGCCACCGGCGAGAAGGUGGAGGACAAGUUCCCAUGGAAGCUGGUCUCUCCACUGAUAACCGGAGUAGUGAUUACGCUGUUGAUCGACUUGGCUAUAGCUGCCUGGGCAAUGUUUUGGCUGAUCAGACGUGGCCAGGCUGGACCCAACCGGCAUGGCCCCGACCCGUGGGCUCUGCCCGCUAUGCGUCGAGUAGUGGAUUCCUCAAUGCGGUCACCCGAAGCUUUUGAAUAG